GGGCCGAAUCGGUAGCUGGGAGAGCGGCGCCAGCUCCAUCCCCCGAGCCUGUGGCGCGGGCCCUGUUCUGCCGCCGUGUUUCUCGGCGGAGUGGAGUCGGCUGCGGGGGAUGCUCCUUCCCGGUUCCGGGCGGGACUGUGCGCGGCGGCCGGGAGCGGCGGGCGGCGGCGGCGGUGGUGGUUGGUGAAGGACAAUUGCAGUAAUGGACUGACUGGUAAAGAUGGAGAGAGGGAGAGGAGGAGGAGGAGCAGGAGGAAGGAGUGUGGGGGGCUCCAACCUGCACAGGAGCAUUUACUCCCAGUCUCAACAGCAGUAUCACUAUCCUGCCUCCUCUCAGGGGGGCUGCAUGGAGAUCCAGGAGCUAGCCUCCAAAAGGGUGGACAUCCAGAAAAAGCGAUUUUAUCUGGAUGUGAAGCAGAGUUCCCGAGGCCGCUUCCUGAAGAUAGCGGAGGUCUGGAUAGGAAGAGGCAGGCAGGAAAAUAUCAGGAAAAGCAAACUGACUCUUUCCUUGUCUGUGGCUGCUGAGCUGAAGGAUUAUCUGGGAGAUUUCAUAGAGCACUAUGCCCAUUUGGGCCUCAAAGGCAGCCAGAGUCAUAGACAUGAACACAGUAAUGGCAAAGAUCAAGAUUUGAGAAGGCGGCAACAGCAUCAUCUGCCUUCGCCUCCAGCAUCUGUUGAAUCCGAAGAGCAUCCUCACAGUGUCCUGAAAACUGAGUAUAUAGAAAGAGACAACAGGAAGUAUUAUCUAGACCUGAAGGAGAAUCAACGCGGGCGUUUCUUAAGGAUUAGACAAACCAUGAUUAGAGGACCAGGCAUGAUAGGUUAUUUUGGCCACAAUUUGGGACAGGAACAGACUAUUGUCCUUCCAGCCCAAGGGAUGAUUGAAUUCAGGGAUGCUUUGGUCCAGCUAAUUGAAGAAUAUGGGGAGGGAGAUAUAGAAGAACGAAGAGGUGGGGGUGAUGAACCCCUUGAGCUUCCAGAGGGGACUUCCUUCAGGGUGGACAACAAGCGGUUCUACUUUGAUGUGGGAUCUAACAGGUAUGGCAUUUUUUUGAAGGUAAGUGAGGUGAGACCACCUUACCGUAACACCAUCACUGUCCCGUAUAAAGCGUGGACAAGGUUUGGGGAAAACUUUAUCAAGUAUGAAGAAGAAAUGAGGAGAAUUUACAACAGCCAUAAAGAGAAAAGAAUGGAUGUCACAGGUGACAGUGGUGAAGAGCAAGAGGGUCUGGAAUAGAGUGCGUUUGAACUGGUCGUCAGGCAAAACAGAAAACCAUAAAUUGGCUAGAGGUAGUUUGAAUAUUUAGUAGUUUGAAGAAGUUGCCCCUCAUUUUUUGUAAGUCCUUUUCCUGUUGUUAGUAAUAACUCCAAUAUAUAAUACUUCUGAAGUCUGGUUAUGUUAAAUGACACCCAACACAUCUCUCUAAUUCCUAUGGGAAUAUCAGCCUCCCAAAUCUAAAUGAAUCAGCUGUUUCAAGUAUUGAAGACUAUGAAAGUAUGCAUAUCAGCACAAAAAUCUGACAUUCUGACCUUUAAAUAGUCUAGGUAAGGCUUGUGUUGCACUAGAACAUGAUACAAAAAAGCCAGACGUACCUUAUGCUGAAAAAUAUUGGUUUCUGCUUAUGACGGGUUUUCCAGAAUUGAAUAUUGUCCAUGCUGAGUUAAAAUCUGAAAAGCUUAACUACAGGUCAUUUACCACAAAAAUUGACUUUGUAUGCAUUUUAUCUACUUAUACGAGGAAAGGUAGACAUUUUAAAUCAGUGUUCACUAAUUACUGAAUUUUAAGCAAUGUUCUUUAUGGAUAAAAUCUCGAUAGCAGGUCAAGCCUUUAUAAGGGAUUGUCAAAGAGUGGAAUAUUAAUUUCUUAGCUUAAUAAUUCUGUGGUAACCAAAAAAUUCAAGUGCCACAGAAAAGUAAAGCAGUGUUUGAAUUGUGAUGGGUUAUCCCAAAUUAAUGAAAAUAAUCCAUUCUUCAUCUACAUAUUACAUCAUGUAAGGUUGAGGAUUUUUUAUGUGCUCUCAAAAUUUCAAAAACUAUUUUUAUAUUGUUGGUAGUUUGGGGGGGCUCUAGCAAGGAGCUGGGAAGUGGGCAUUUUGGUGGCUGAAUGAUUGUUGCAAGUGGGUUUCCAGGGUUUUCUCCCAAUUGUAUGAGUAACACAGGUAUGAUGUUAAAAGUAUGAGGAUAGCUUCUGGUUUCGUCCUUCUACUUUGAGGAAAAACCUUUGGGAAAGUUUGGUGCACCACUUAAUUGGUAUAAAAAUGCUUCUCUAAUUUCACACUUAUUGGUAGCGCAUUUACAAUGCAAUGGCUAAAGCUGUGUCAGCAUUUCCAUUACAAAUUAUUAUUUUUAUAGGUUUUAGUAUUCCAAGAUAAUAUCUAUGCCCCCACCUCCGUCACUCCUUCCCCACCAUGUUAAAGCUGGGGCCAUGAUCCUGCAAUUUGAUUCACGUGGGCAGACUGUUAGGCCUGCGUGAAGUCCCCUUGAAGACUAUGGAGCUACAACUUCCCACAGAUUGCUGCCUUGAAAUCCAAAUACUCUGCCUGGAGGGGAAAUGUGUAGCAUUAUCUGUUCAGGAGGGUUGAGUUAGAAAGGGGACAGAGAAUAUUCUAAAUGCUUUUGGAUCUCAAAGCAAAAACAGAUUUAUUUUUAUGAAGAAAUUUUUCAGCAUUUAGGGGCCAAUUCAUCUCCCACUGAAAUCAAUGGGAGUUGGAUUGGGCUAUAAAUCCCUUGCUUAGAGACUCCAUUUUGCCUACCUUUUUUAUGUGGUUUUUUUUUUUAAGUGCUACUGUAUAUCUACAGAAAUUUAUCACCACCCAAAUCAUGUUUUUUAAUGAAGUAGCUGAGUGUGCAUGAGAGCCAGCUAUCUUUUAAUCCGAACAGUAAAGUUUAAUCUGUUUAAACACACUUAUCUGCAACCCAAAAUUGUCCCCAGUCUUAAUUUUAAUCUGCCUGCACACUUGAAGGCCACACUAAAUUCAAACACCUUAUCAUGUCUUUGAUCUGAUAUACCAUUAGUAAUAUCAAGAAGGACUGUAUGUGGGGAUUAAGUGAAAAUCUGGCUUUUAGUUUGGGUGCUAAAAAUGAUCAAACUACAAAAAAAGCUUGCACCAAAGUCAGCAAAGAACUAUUAGGAACAUGUUACGCCUGUGACAGAAAAGAAAAAUGUAAAGAAGUUAAUUUCACUGUUUUAGGUGAUUCCCUUUAGAGCUAACAACCAGUUGGCCUAGUGUCAAAAAAAAUACCAUAAACUAAUCACUAAUGUAUUGAUUGCUGUUUCAGAUAUUUUCUAAUCCAAAGCAAAAUUUUCUUAUUUAGUCACUUGAAUUGCUAAUGGGCCAUUUGGGCCAUGACCAAGCAAUUGAAGGUUAUAACCUAAGUCCUAGGGCUAAUGGUUCCUAUUGGAUAGUGAAAUACUAAAAAAAAAAAAAAAGUAGUUUUAAGAAGUCACAAAUCAUACUGAAAUAACAAUUUAUACUAUUGUUGGCUUGAUAGCAGAAUAUUAGUGAAUGAUUCAUCAAUGCCUAAGUUACCAUCUCACUGAUUGCUGCUGCCCAUCACAGUGCCUAAAGUAGUGAUGAACUUGUCAAAACUUCCAGCAAUCUGGAACUAUGAAUGUAAGAACUUUUUAUACUCACUUCUCCCCUUGCACCUCAUCUUCUCAUGGAUUUUCCCCUCUACACUCAGCAUCUUCCAGUCUAAAAUAAUGUUUGUAUCACUCGAUAUAAAAAGCUCAUUCAUUGAAAUUGUUCCAACGUAAUAUGUGCAAUGCAGAUAAUCUUGCAUUCCAUGUGUUCUUUUGCUCUCAAUGGAGAAAAAUAUUUUAAUUGUGCAAGUAAUUAAUAAUUUUAAAAAAUACAUUUCCUUCACAGUUUUAAAAAACAAACCAGUGCAAAGUGGCAUUGUUAUUGCUAUCAAGUUGCCAUUUUGGAGAAUUAGAGCCAGACUACAUCUUAGCUAUUGAAAGUGCUCCAGUGAAGAUGUAGACCGGUAUCAGUUUGCAUCACUGCUUCAUAAUUAGGUUUCCUGUAUUUAUUAAUUGGCCUUCAGAAAUGCAUUGAUGUAUUGUAACUAUUACCCCAGGAAGUCAGUACCUGCUGGCUGCUGAACAAGCUCAAUUCUCAGCUCUGAUACACAGGUAAGUGUUGCCUUGUGUUUUGUAAAAUCAGCUAAUGCACUUACUCUCACACGGUGAUACGCACCUGAGUAUCUGGGACGACGCUUGAGCCAGCCAUCUACAGUUAAAACACUGACUACUAGUUUUCCAUAGAAAUGUAAAGCACUGAUUGCAAAUACUAUGAUCCAAGCAUAACACCAACAAACUCAAAAUGUAGCAAUGCAAACUUACAUUGGUUACAUUUGGAAACGGGUUCCUCAUUAUUUUUGGCAGUGUGUUCCCAGCUUUAGAGAGCAGCAGUAUGAUGCUGCUUAUGUGCAGAAGGGCCCAUUAUAACACAAAGGAAUAUUGAAUUCCCAGUGCAUUCUAAAUGGAUUGUCAUUCUUUAAGCCCUAAAACUGCCUGACCCUUAAACUUGAGAAAAACACAAGCUUGUUUGCACUAAAGAGCAUGGCCAAAAACAAUUCUAAGAGGACAGGGUGAAAAGCAUCAGUCUGAAUCUCUUGAAUUAAUAGGUUCUCAUGAGAGAAUUUUACAUUAAAGCCCUCACCUCUGUUUUAAAGCUGUGUGGUCCAGGCAGAAAGUCUGUCAGUUCUAUAAUUAAAUAAUAAUGCACUUUAUAUUUUGUAAAUAAUAGAAGCACAUUUCUGCUAUUAGUUUUGUAGGAUGUGCUUCAGUAAUAUAUAGCCUAAAUCUGUAAGGGGUGGUCUCCUGUAUGCACGUCUGUCAGAGCUCUGUUGUAAUCACUUGAUCCAGUUACAAUGGUAUGGUAGAGAAGGCAGGGGCUAUUAAAAAUCCUUUCAAAACCACAAGUCUGAUUUCCACCGCCCCCUCUUCCCCCCCCCCCGACGGUAGCAUCCACAAAUCCCAUUAACUUUAUAUGGGGUUGUGGGUGCUCAGCAUCUCUGAAAGAUCAGGCUCCAAACAUUUUGUGAUGAAUGUAUAGCUAUGUUUUGUACUCAUAAUCUUUAUAGAGCUGGGUUCAGUAACUCCAUCUCACUUAGCUUUCUGUGACACUUUGCUGUCACAGAAGCCCUCAUAAUCCCAGAAAUGUUGAUUUGGAGUAGUGGGGCGGAUUAGGUGGGCUUCUGUGGUAUUGAAACUAGCCAGUUUGUAUUGACUCCAGCCAUAGUGUGUAAACUUUCUUUCUUGUUAAAGUACAGAUAUAGUAUGUUGUUGGUUGUAAUAGUGCUAUGGGAGAGUUGGAAAGUUACCUGCACUAGAAUGGUAAGGUUCACCACCAUGGCACUAUGUAGGACAUCUCACCAACUGUGACCAAGUAGACUGUCAAAUUUCAUGAAAUACAGAGAACAUAGCAAACUUAAAAUAAAUUCUUGAUUAGGGACUUUCAGAAGCAGCAAUAUUUACUCCUGCACUAACAGAGUGGGGAAUCUAUUUUAAUGCAACAAAACUUGAAAUACACGUUUAAUAUAAAUAUCAAUGAUAUGUGUGUACUUUAUCCAGAAAGAAACUGUGCUUCAAUAUAUUAGCAAUCUGCUCUUUAUCAUAAGUGCUUCAUAUGUGUAUUUAAUACGUAUAAAUCCAAUACGUGUAUAUUGUAAAUCCACAGUAGCUCAAAGUGAAAUAAUAUAUUUAUCUGAAGUGCACAGUUUAAAGAUGGGACUUAAAAAUCAGUUUCUGCCUGGAACACAGUUUGGUUAAAUGUGUUAUUUCACUGAGAGCUGUUACAUAUAUUAUUUAUUGCACCCCUUUUAAGAUUUCUGCAUUUAAAUGUUUUGAUGUAUUAUUUAUUUGAAGUUUGGUGGAGAAGGGGAUGGUAUGUGACUCUCAGUAGAGCUGAAGGAAAAAUAGGAGAAAAAAAUAAAAACUUAUUUCAAGGUGUCUCAUGUGAAAUAAGUAGUCUUAGGCUUUACUGGCAGCUUUGUAUGCAGGUUUACUGUUAGCUGCCAUAGUGUUUCAAAUCUGUCUUUAAAUCCCCAAAUGCUCCAAAUCUUUAGGUAGGAUAAUUGUAAAAUCCCAAAUACGCUGCUAGAAGAGUUUAAAACAGGUUUGUUUGUGUAAAGGCUCAAACGAAAUUACCCAAACCAAUUUUAACGUACUUUUUCUGCUAAAUGUAUUUUAGUCAAAUGGCUGCGUCCUUUUUCUUCAGUGGCCUAUUAAAAUGACUUAAACUCUAUGGGGAGGAGAAUUAGGAGAACUGUUGCUUGCUUGACUGACAACCCUUUUAACCAAAAGUGUAGUAAUUUUGUGCAGUGGAAAUGCAUUUAUUUUGUGGUUUGGUUUUACUGUACAGUGUUUUCACCGUGUGGAAAAUGAGUUAGUAAGCAGGCUAUAGUCCCAUUGCAACUGUACAUACAUAUGUUUCCUGUAAAUACAAUAUAUACGAAAUCUACAAAAUAAGUCCUAAAAAACUAUCCAUCUUGUAUUUUAUUUUCUGUGCUAUUUCCUCUAAGGUGAAAAUAUUUUAAUCCUUCUGUGUCAUGGCUUUUAAAAAAUCACCUUGUCUUUUCUAUAUGCUUUUUAAUCAUUCAGAUCUGGAACAGUUUUCUUUAGUUAGGUGAGAAAUGAAAAAGUACACUACAUAUAAAAUGCCAGCCACAAACAACUUGAAGUAUUUUCUUAUAUACACAUGCUAUCAACAGAAAUCCUAGAAUUAAUUACAGCGAAGUAUUUAUGGAUCAAGUAUAUGUGUGCAUGUAUUUGUAAUAGUGUACAUGUCAAAUACAUGGAUAGGCAUAUUCACAAUUUUAAAUACAAAUGAAGUCCUAGUCCUGCAACUUUUGCUGAAGCUGACAUAAUCCCAGUGCAAAUAGUCACAUGACUAAAGAUUGCAGACUAGGGCCCAUCAAAUAAUUAUUUUUGAUAGUAGCUCUUUUGCCUUUAAGUUUUGUCCCAUAUCCUGAUUCCAUUGAGGCAGAUGGGAAUUUUACUAGUGACUUCAGUGGGAACAGGAUUGGACCAAUUUGUGAAUACCGUCUUUAUGAGCAGUUGGGUACUACAGUAUCAAAAAGUUGUGUUUGAAUUUGGAGACCUUAAUCUGCAGUUAUAGUUGUACUGUGUAUUCUCAAUUCCGCAAUGGAUAUAGCUAUUUUACAUUAUUGAUACUAUCUAAGGUAGUCUCAUUGUCCUUUUGCUUUCAUCUGGAGUCAUUAAAAUUUUAUUGUACUACUACAAAAAAUGAAAAGUAAGCAAGUAUGAUUAUUGGACAGUAGCAUAAGAUUUACUCAUUAGAUUUUUUUGUUUGUUUAGAGAACCAAAACCUACAUCUGACUACAAUUCUUGUAAAGAUUAUUGGUUUCUCUUUACAUGGCAAAUGCUUGCAGUUCAUUAUUAUGUUAGGAGUCUAUUAGCCCUAUUAAAUCCUAGUUUCUGGCUUUGUUUAUGGCAGAAUUUGUGGGGUUACAGAAUAAAAACAUCCAUGUUAGGAGAUAGGACAUUCCUGGAAUCAGGUAUUUUGAAAUAUUAAAAACAGGCUUUUAGCCCAGCUGUUUAAAAAAAAAAAAAAAUACUGUGGAAGCUCUAAAUGUUGGUGACAGCCUAUUAAAUGUUAUGGGAUUAACAGCUCUCUCUAUAACAAAGUGCUUUUCAUGAAAACCUUACCCCACCUGAGGUCUGUGUACCACCUGUAUUUAUGCGUGUAUAGGACAGUAGUAUUUUAAAAAUAUCAAGACCUAGCAAACUUUUAUCACUGGAGUUUAGGGUUGCUAAUUUUAGUUGGACAUAUUCCUGGAGGUUUCAUCACAUGACAUAAUGAGACUCCGGGACAAUCCUGGAGGGUUUACAGCCCUGCUGGAGUUCCAGUGUUUGUUAUCCUGAAGUUCCAUCUGUUGGGGUAACUUAAACACUUAACAAGUAAAAUUUUUGGUAAACUGCAAAAACUGUUAAAUUAAACAUAACGUAGCUGAAAGGGCAUGUUUCUGAUAGAGUUCCACUUAAUGAAAUGGUGGAGCUUCUGGAAUAGAAUAAAAUUUACACUCAGAAUGGUGGCACAACAGGAUCUCUGUAACGGAUUGAUUAAAAUAUCCAGCAAUAUAUGCACUCAGUGUUUGGGGUCAACCUUAAAUCCAUACAAAUACUUCUCAAGUUACAUUCUUAACACAUUCUGUUGAAGAGGAGCAGAGGAGGACAGGAACAGAAGCGGCCUGCAGGGGAAUAGGAGGGAUAGAAGCAGAAGGAUCAGUUACCACUAGACCACACUGUCUCUCAAACUUGGAAUUUGAACCCAGCAUUCUUCUAUCAUUAAAUAGUUAUGUAACCCAUUGCGAAGUGUGUGUCUCAUUCCCCUCUAAUGCUGUAGUCUGCAUAGAGGAUAACAGCCUACUGCUACUACCAGUUACUCCAUUAGCCCAAGUGGUGGAGGUCUGUGUGAUGGAUUUAAAAGUCCCAGCCCCGCUGCUGACCCAAGUUGGGGAGUCAAUAAGGUUCCAAAAGAUGGAAUUUGUUGGUUGUUUUUUAAAAAAUAUAGGCAAUUCCAUUUUUUUAAAGAUUUACAGUACAAGAAUGUUAAGAUUGCAAAGUCAAGUACUCAAAAGUUAAGAAAUGCCAGAAUUAAGGUUGCACAUGCUAGUUGGCACCCUUGUGUGUGUACAUUUUGAUACAUUCUUUUAAUUACAUGAUCAUUUGUUUCAGUAGGACCCUGCUUCAUUCAGUGCACAAGAUGGACGGUGAACAGGGAAUGAAUCGGUUUUGCAGUGAAGGAGAAUGUUGUCUGUAGGACCCCUGGCUCAUUUGUUGCAGAAGUUGGAAGAUGUGUAGUGGGCGAGGCAGAGGAUUUCAGGAAGAAAAAGGAUAGUCCUAUGGGUAAGGCAGCUGAAUGCUGCCCUGUAGAAUUGGUGUCUAUCCCUGCCUCUGCCAGAGAGUUCCUGUGCGAUUCUCUGUAAGUCACUUACACUGAACUUUUCACAGGUGGUCAUUAACCGUGUUCACCAUUCUCAGGGUGCCCACUGAGAGACACCUACGGCCUGAUUUGUGGAAGUUCUGAGCACAGUUGCAACUGAGGUCAAUGGGACCUGUAUUCUGAACAUAUAAAUUGCUAUAACAUUGUUACAUCUUCUGAAACAUUCAUAAGCGUCGCAAGUUAAAAGUAAUGACCACUUGACAGUUUUGGCUUUAUUCUGUCUGUGCCUCAGUUACCCAUUUGUAAAAUGGGGAAAAAAAUCUCUUACUACCUCACAGAGGUGUUGUGAAGAUAAAUUCAUUAAUGUUUGCAAAGCACUCAGAUACUACUGUGGUGAGUGACAGAAAAUUCCAAGAGGAAUUUAUUAAUUCCAUAUUCAUUGCAGGGUUAGAAUGUGUGUAAUAAAAUAGGCGUGGUGUCAUACAUGGAAUGAUGAGUAUAAAAACAAUAGCUGCCUCAUUCCCAGACACUCUGUGCACUGAAUGUGGAAGAGCUUCUUUGGGGAAAAAAAUAGUCUGAGAUUAUGAAUUAAAGACUGCAUUCACCUGAAUAUGCACAAGAGGGCUGAAUUAAGGUUGCACAGGCAACCUUAAUUCUGGUAUUUCCUACAUUUUGAGCACUUGACUGUUCAAUAUUAACGUUCUUUUAACUGCCAAUUUUUUUUCUGAGGAAUACAAACCACAGCCAGCAAAUGGUGCUUUUUAACAGUGUAGAUCUCUUAACAUAACUUAAUAGGACAAAGAAAAGGCACUUCUCUAGCCUAAGGGUAUUCUCUGGCUGAAUUUCAAAGACCUGCUGCAAACAAUGGAGGUGUGAGAACCUCUCAAAAAAGGUUACGAGAAUCUCUUAUAAUGGAAGGUGUUAGGCAAGCUAAUGAUAUGGGUCUAGCUCCCUUUAUUAUAAUGCACAAAAAAGGCUGUAGUUUUCCUAACUGUUGCUCCGCCCCAUGGUUUUCAGAUAUGAAGUAUUGAAUUUACCGUGCUGUCUUAUGGGUGUCAAAAUGUUUUCACUUAACCCCAUUUUUAACUAUUUGAAGCUCGUGCAGAUUGUGCCAGCAUUUGUGAGUUCAAGCUACAUUGCUGUAUUAUCUGUAUGCUCUCCUCCACAGAUAGUGGAAGUCUUGUGUUAAUCAGGAGUAUUUCGUUUGGUGAAAAAAUUUAUUCUUGUAAAUCAGCCUUUCCAAAUCCCACUAAUGGAGGGACCUGGCAAUGAUCUGACUGCAGAAAUAAUUUGGUUGGAUAAGUUGUAUUUUCAAGACAUCACAGAAUUCCUCCAGCAUAUAAAGGAAGGUAGAGGGUAAAUGUUUGUGUCAAUGCAAUUUCUAGGGAGAAUGUAAAGAUGUGUGAGGAUUUUUUUUUUUUAAUAUAGACCUCCUCAUGUAUGCCAAAACCUUCUAGAUUAUUCAGACUGGGGAGUAAACUAUAUAGUAAUUUAGUAAUCUGAAGGGCAGAAAAGGUUCAUACUUGGCCAAGAUGGUGGUUGCAACUCUGGAGUUUUCAGGUUUGGAAGAGGCUAAUACUGCUGUUGAAAGUAUUAGUCUGUUGUUUUCUUGUCUCAGCUGGUUAAUGUUGACAGACUUGCUUGCUGGCUAGAAGCUGCUUGCUUGUAGGUGUUAAAUCUUAGAGGUCCCAAGCUGUUGGAGUACUACCCUUUGGUGGCCAGGCCUGGGGAUGAAGAAAUCACAGGCUUUCUUGUCAAGAGUGGUGGCAUCACAUUGCCCAUAAUCUAGAAGCAACAGUUACACUUUUUUUCCAUCAUUUUUUAAGAUGGUGGCCUGGUUUGCUUCUCCCCACAUACCUACUCUUCGGGAAUUCAUUGGCAACUUGUAAUGGGGCACUUCCCCUCUCAUGUUACUGGCAUCAUCCAUUGGUUUUUGGUUAGAUCAGUUUUAUGAAGUGAAGAAUCUCCCCAUUUCAGUUACCUGUUGGCCUGGAAAUUCUGCAAGAUCAGUAGAGCUGCCAAUGUAUGGCCAAUCAGUCACUCGGCAGAGCCACAAACUCCGCCCUUGAAUCUGCACCAUUAAGGUUAUGGGGAGCUUUGCCAUUGAUUUCAAUAGGUGUAGGAGCCAAACCCAUUCUGAGAUACAGACAGACGGAGUCCAUUCACAUCAGCUGUUCUUGGUCAUGAGAUCCACCAAGAUUCUUUUUUAGUACCAUCUUGCAAAAAUAUAUUUACAAUUUUUCAAAAAUAACUAAAAAAUGCAAGGCUAGUAUAAAAGUUAAAACUGAAGCAUUCACUUCUGAGACCCCAGCUUGCAACUUCUCUAGUUUCACAGCUGCUGGUCGUAAGAGAAAAAAGUUCCCAAGCAGACAACAUUGGCUAAUUCAACUCUUCCACGUUCUGCUGGUCUGAUCUUACACUAUAGAAACAGCCUACAAAUAAACCCAUAAUCAUCCCAACUUAAUAAAAGCCUUGCUUUAAAACAAAGGGAAAAUGUUGGGGUCUUGGACCCUAAAUAUUCACAAUUUUAGGUUCAAUUUUUAUGUGGGUGCAAUAGGGCUGCACGCUGCGUGUUCAUGAUCUAUCUUACUAUAGUUUCAUUUUGCAGCAUGUUUCACGAGUAACCCAGAAUAGCCAGCAGUUGAUUGGAAAACAUGGUGGUGUGGGGGUGGUUAUGCCAAGCACACCCACUCUUUGUAACUACUUUGGGGGAAACACUGCCUUUAAUGACCUCUUUGGAGAUACUCUUUUCUGUGCAGAGCUUCAUAACAAUUUCAUCAAAUAACUUGCAUCUAACAAUUUUCUCUGCUUGCUGUAGAUUGACCUGUGCAUUUUUGUUGUUGUUGUUCCCUCAAGCAUACUCCUCUGUCUUUGAGCUGCUUGCAGUUAGGAAUGUGAUAUCUUGAUUGUCAGGAGCCUUAAAAAGGCAUCUAACAUUAAACCAAGGUUUUUGAUUGGGAGGAAAAAAAAAUUUCUGACAGACCAGCAAACAAUGACUUUUCUUUAAGAAUAUUGUUGUAGCUAAUUCAGCAUUUUCAAAGUGACCAUACUACAGGCUGAUCUGAUUGAAAAUUGGAAGCAAUAUACAUUGAACUCCUUGGAUGAAAUCCUGGCUUCCACAGAAGUUAAUGGAGUUUUGACAUAAGCUUCAGUGUGGCCAGGAUUUCACCCAUUAGCUUUCCAACUUUACAGUUGAGUCUCUGCUUCUUCCAAAAGUCUGCUUUAGGCAACUCUUGCUGGCAGCGGUGGCGCGAGGCACCAGCGCUCCAAGUCAGGCUACCUUCAGCGGCAUGCCUGUGGGAGGUCCGCCGGUCCUGCGGAUUCAGCGGCAGGUACGCCGAAGCCGCGGGACCGGCGGACCUCCCGCAGGCAUACCACCAAAUCCACGGGACCAGGAACCUCCCGCAGGCAUGCCGCCAACGGCAGCCUGACUGCUGCCCUCGCAGGGACUGGCAGUCAGGGUGGGGGGGCUUGGGGUGGCAAAAAAGCUAGAGCCGCCCCUGCUUGCUGGGUCUCAAGUGAUAUACUGUGUUAUGCUGCUUAUUCAAAAAGUGUGUGUAUUUGUGUGUGUGUUUAAUGUGUAACCCAGAAUAGCCAGCAGUUGAUUGGAAAACAUGGUGGCGUGCGGGUGGUUAUGCCAAGCACACCCACUCUUUGUAACUACUUUGGGGGAAACACUGCCUUUAAUGACCUCUUUGGAGAUACUCUUUUCUGUGCAGAGCUUCAUACAAUUUCAUCUCCAAUAACUUGCAUCUAAGGCUCCUGACAAUCAAGUGCCCAUCCAAUGAGGUGAGGAAUUUUUUUUAUUUGAAUUGUGGGGGUGAUUUUUGUUUUGUUUUUUUUUUGGUGGGGUUGUAAUUCAACCUCCCAGAAAAUCUAACUGUGUUGAAAAGCUGAUUGGAUUCUCCUCAGUCAAAUUUUCAUCCAGUCUGUGUAAAGCAAGGUAAUGUGAUAAUGUAAUGCAGA